AUGAUCGACAACGCCGAAAAAGUGGUGUCGGCCCCCGCAGGUCCGUUGGUUAACACUGAGUUGCGGAACGCAAUAGACCCGCAGAUUUCUGCCAAGUACAAAUACUCGGGCGCGUUCUCCUGGCCGCCCAGGUUUUUUGGUGUUUGUCAGGACAAGGUUUCAAAAGAUUGGGAAAACUCGCCAUUCACGGACGCCUUGGGUAAAGAAACUCAAGAGCCCGAGGAAGACCACAUCAGCCGCCUGGUGUGGACCGAGGAGAAUUGGGCCCCUGACCAACAUCGAGUGGACUGCGUGCUGGGUAUAACCCAGGCCAGCGAAGCCACGAUUCAAAAGCUGAUCGACAGAGACGAGAGUGUGUCUCAACAGAAGAUUGCGCUGUUGAUAGAUGGAAAUGAUGCUGGACCACAGUUACGGCUUCGAGAAUUCCUCGGCGGUCUGUCACCGCAAGCGCUGUUCGACGAACUGAAAAAAAGAAGAUACAAAGAAGACGAUAAUGACGACAUCGUAGAAGCAAACCGAAGACUGAUAUACAUCGCAAACUUGGAUGCCUGGGGAAUCGUAGCUCUGGUAGGGACAUCUCCAGAGUCGUUGUUCCUUGUGUUGGGAGACUUCUUGUUCAACUUCAUAUGCGGGAGCCCAUCUAUUGGGGUUUCUUUCUCCACGCAAGGGCCUGAAACAUUUGCUAUGCAGUUCUCCUUCCCUUACCGUGCUUGGCGAUCCACAAAGCAGCUUAUGAUGGAUGGCCGCAUCGACAAGUCCACUGGAAAAGCGGUUAGGUCUUCUCGAGAUGUCACUUUUUUGAGGCGUCUUGCCAGAUUUGAAGAGGAUCGAAAGGACAAAGACACAGAUGGCAUCUACGCAACAAAUAUCAGUUGCAUAGUCACAGGCUAUGACCAGUCUAGAUGGACUGGACUAGUCUUACUGGAAACAUGGUACGAAGAGGCCAAUGAUGAUCCGUCGCCAGACAUGGUGGCUCGCUAUGAGAACGACUUCCAAGACGGAAUGCUCUUGGAUCCACUUUGCCGAGGAAAGGACGACGUCGUCAAAGGUAAAUGGUCUCCUCGACCAUACUUCAUCCGCGUUCUUGAGGUCAGAGUAGUUCAAGUCCAUCGGGAGUGGGCUUCUCUAUUUUACCAUCUUCAAGAAAGAAUGAAUGCUCUCAUCACACGUCACAAAGAGUGCACCAAACGAGCACGCGAUCCCAUCUUGACUCGAAAACCAACAAUACCAAUGCACGACCGAACCACCAGAGAGCUUGACGAGCUGGAAAACGGCAUCAACGAUAUGAAGGAGAUCUGGGUAGAGCUUGCUCAAGAUCUACAAGAGACCGUCAGAUGCGGAGAGUUGUUCAUGAAAUCAGACGUUUUAUACUUCCGCAACCACGACGAGCCGUCGGACGAUGCAUCGACAUGUUUUCCUCCUCUCACCCAGAUUCGGAAAACAUUCAACAAUCUUGAGCAGCUGAGGCAGAAACUGGAUGAUAUGCAGAAGAAAUGCAGGGAAAUGGCGGAAGAUGUAGCCUCCGCAAGCAAGAUGUACCGUCGGCAGUUACAGCUCGCAGCAACUGGAGAUUAUGCGGUCAGUGAACCAAGGGUUUUGACAUGGACUACGGUCACGUCCUUUCCAGUCAUAAUAACUACUGGUAUCUUCAGUUGCGACGACAUAAUCCCAUUCGGGCGCAGUUGGAAAAGCUUCGUCGCUGUGUUGCUUGUCGUAGGAGCCACUGUGGCUGUUGCAGUGGUGGUUAUAACGAAGCUCACUACAGGCUCAUGGCGACUCAAAUCACCCAGGCAUUUGUCUAGUGAGUUCGAAGAAGGACCUGGCCCCCUGGAAACCCUCCGCGCCCAAGACGGCCCUGCUGGGGAGGGCAUUGAGCUUGCAGUGCUACGACGACAGACGUUCCUCACGGCUGUGGUCGGUGUCUUUCAAACUGGAGGUGUCAGAGGGAUUGUUGGUGAGAACACCUAG